UCAAUUCUCUUUGAAAUCAUGGAUCAUGGGAACAUCACAUCAGAUUUCAUUCUCCUAGGCCUCUUCGACCACACUGCAGCCCACCAGAUUCUCUUUGGGGUUGUCCUAGCAGUUAUGAUCUCCUCCCUCACAGGCAAUGGCCUCAUGAUUCUCCUGAUUCACCAAGACCCUCAGCUGCACAAGCCCAUGUACUUCCUGCUGAGCCAGCUGUCCCUCAUGGACAUGAUGCUAGUCUGCACCAUUGUGCCCAAGAUGGUGGCUGCCUACUUGACUGGAAACAAGUCCAUCUCCCCAGUGGGCUGUGGGCUGCAGAUCUUCUUCCUUCUUACUCUGGGAGGUGGAGAGUGCUUCCUCCUAGCAGCCAUGUCCUAUGACCGCUAUGUGGCUGUGUGCCACCCGCUGCGAUAUGCCACUUUCAUGAGCUGGCCAUUGUGUCUGAGAAUGGUUUUGGGGUCCUGGCUCCUGGGGGCAGCUGAUGGAGUCAUGCAGGCUGCUGUUACGCUGAGCUUCCCCUUCUGUAACAGACAUGAGAUUGAUCAUUUCUUCUGUGAGGCCCCCACACUGGUGCACUUGGCCUGCAGUGACAGCUCUGCCUUUGAGUAUGCCAUGUACAUCUGCUGUGUGCUGAUGCUCCUCAUCCCCUUGUCCCUUAUCCUGAUGUCCUACAGCCUCAUCCUCACUGCUGUCCUGCAUAUGCACUGCACAGAAGCCAGCAAGAAGGCCUUUGCCACCUGCUCCUCCCAUUUGGCUGUGGUGGGACUCUUUUAUGGUGCUGCCAUUUUUAUCUACAUGAGACCCACAUCCUACAAGUCAGCCAAACAUGAUAAGGUGGUGUCUGCAUUCUACACUAUCUUCACCCCUAUGCUGAACCCCUUGAUCUACAGUCUGAGGAACAAUGAGGUCAAGGGAGCCCUGAGGAAAUGUCUGAGCCACUGCACUGCCUUAAGAAGUGACUGA